CAUCGCGUAACUUUAUGAGUCGUCUCGGCCAGGACGUGUCGGCGGCGCCUUUCGGGCUCGGUUUUUGGGCGCGUACGAUGAGCAUCUGAGCGCCCUGCGGGAGAGCGAUGGCGAGCCGCAGCUGCGCACGGACUCGGACGUGCACUUUGUUGCUGCACUUUGUCCUCUUCGCGGUGUGCUGCUUGGCCGCCAGGAGGUCCAGUGCCAGGAGAGCCGAUCGUUUGAGUCCCCCGUUGGACAUCCAGUUGGAAAGCGUCAACUGCAGCGCGUUCAGCGUGCGAUGGAAGAUGCCGCGGCGACAUGUCAGCACCAUCACGGGAUACAAGAUAUUCUACACGGAGGUCAAAAAUGGCCGUCCCUACGGUACUUCCUCUGUGAUGGAAGUCCCUCUCAGUUUGGACAUGCUGACUACGGGCCAAUUUGAUGGACAGGCAAGCUUUGAUGUGGACAUCGGUAACCUCAAGGUGAACACCAAGUACCGAGUGAGCGUGGGCGCCUACGGCUGGGCCGGCGAAGGUCGCCCCAGCGUCCCCCGAGACGUCGGCACGGCCUCACACGAUACGUGCAUGCCGCCGGCACCCCCGACCGAGCCCGUCGUCGUGGCGAUAUCCGACACGGAGUUGGCAUUGUGGUGGCGGCAGGGGGAGAGCGAGGGCAGCGCGCCUGUCCUCCACUUCCUGGUCGCUUACAUCAGACCGGAGCUGGACACGGAGUGGACGUACAUCCGCGAUCCCAUCCAGAGCAACUCCAUGGUGCUGAAGGGCCUCAUACCCGACACCGAGUACCAGUUCGUCAUCCGAGCCGUCAACGUGCACGGCGCCAGCCCGCCCAGCCACGUCAACAGCCCGGUGCGCACCCUGGGAGCGUCAGACGUGGGUAGCGGGGAUUACAGCCAUUACUUCACGAAUACGCAGAUCAAGGACGACGACGGUUUUGACAUGGACGACUCUGACUACGACAUCUUCAUCGAGGAACUGAAGCCGUUCCCUAGCAUCGGCCGAGACGGCGGCAAGUCGCAGCUUCGCUCUCGUUCCGGUCCGUCGGGUCAGAACGUGGUUUACCGCGUGAACACCGUGGCCCCCUCCGACCCCGCUGCACUCCCCCCGGCCUCUUCCUCCAGCGCCGCCGCCACGCCAGCCGUCUUCCCAGACUUCUCCGAUCUGAUUUUCCCAACCGGCUCCGAGCGCAACGUCACAACCACCGCCAGCGCCGCCGCGCCCACGCCCAGCCCCGCCGCCACCAUGUCGCCGUGGAAGGGCGAGGUCCCUCGGGUGUACCAGCUGACCUGCGACGACACCGUCUGCCCCCCCGACAGCUUCUGCCUCAGAGACUUGGAGAACGGAGGAUCGCGAUGCCACUGCAACCUCGGACGCGCCGGCGACACCUGCGCUCAAGAGGUUUCCGUCAGGUUUCCCAGGUUCUAUGGCCACUCCCACAUGACCUUUGAACCUCUGAAGAACUCCUACCAGACCUUUCAGAUCUCAGCGGAGUUCAAGGCGGACGCCGACGAUGGCCUGCUGCUGUACUGCGGCGAGAACGAACACGGCCGCGGGGAUUUCGCUUCUUUGGCGCUGCUGCGCGGGAAAGUACAUUACAGGUUCAACUGCGGAACAGGCGUAGCUCGGAUCGUCAGCGAGAGCCGCGUGGUCCUCGGUCAGUGGCACACGGUCACGGUCUUCAGGGACGGCACCAGCGGCUGGCUGCGACUGGACAACGACACGCCCAUAUCCGGCCGAUCGCAAGGCGAGUACACCAAGAUCACGUUCCGCUCGCCGCUCUACGUCGGGGGCGCUCCGAGCGCCUACGGGCUGGCGAGGGCAACGGGCGCCGCCGGAGGCUUCGUGGGUUGCAUCCAAAGCUUGACCCUCAACGGCGUGGCCGCCGACGUCAGAGCGUGGCCGCUGGGCCGAGCGCUGAGCGGCGCCGACGUAGGCGAGUGCACCGACAGCGUGUGCGACGCGGUGGGUUGCGGCAACGGCGGCGUCUGCUUUGCCAACCGCGCCGACGGCUUCAUCUGCUUGUGCCCGCUUGGCUUCACUGGCACUCUGUGCCAAGACAGUUUCUCGGUCUCCUCGCCGCUCUUCAACGAGAUGGCGCUGUCCUACGCGGUGGUGCCGUGGCCGCAGCCGUCCCAGAGUUAUUUGUCCUUCAUGGAGUUCGAAAUGACCUUCCGGCCGUCGGCGCCCGACGGGACGCUGCUGUACAGCGACGACGACGGCACCGCCGACUUCCUGGCCAUCAACCUGCUGGACGGAUUCGUGGAGUUCAGAUUCGACUGCGGCUCGGGCGGGGCUGUGUUAAGGAGUGAAGAGCGAGUCGCUAUGGACGCCUGGCACGAGCUGAGGGUGUCCCGCACUGCCAAAAGCGGAAUCCUGCAAGUGGACAGCCAGAAGGCCGUGGAAGGAUUCGCCGAGGGGGCUUUCACGCAGAUCAACUGCAGCUCAGCGCUCUACAUCGGGGGAGUACCGCAGUAUGACAAAACCAAGAAGGCCGCGGGGGUCCUGAAGCCCUUCACGGGAGCCGUACAAAAGCUGGUCCUGAACGAUCGCAUCAUCCCCAUCACGAGCGAGUCGGCGGGCGGCGUCAACGUGGCCAACGCGGAGCACCCUUGCGCGCAAAGCCCCUGCGCCAACGGCGGCACCUGCAGGCCUCAGCGGGACGCCUACGAGUGCGACUGCCCCCUCGGGUACGACGGCCGGCACUGCCAGAAAGAAUGUGGAAACUACUGCUUGAACACUGUGACAGAGGCCAUCGAGAUCCCGCAGUUUAUGGGUCGCAGCUACCUCACCUACGACAAAAGAGACAUUCUCAAGAGGGUGUCGGGCUCCAGGAACAACGUGUUCAUGCGCUUCAAGAGCAACGCCGGCGACGGCCUGUUGCUGUGGCGAGGCGACACGCCCAUGAGAGCCAACAGCGACUUCCUGUCGGUGGGCCUGCGCGACGGCGCGCUCAUCUUCAGUUACAACUUGGGCAGCGGUGUGGCGAACGUCGUGGUCAACGGAAGCUUCUCUGAUGGGAAGUGGCACAGAGUCAAAGCUGUCAGGGACGGUCAAUCCGGGAAACUGACGGUGGACGACUACGGCGCCAAAACGGGUCGGUCGCCGGGAAAGAUGAGACAACUCAACAUAAACGGACCGUUAUAUGUUGGGGGCAUGAAGGAAAUUGCCCUGCACACCAACCGGCAGUACGUCGGCGGUCUUCUGGGCUGCGUGUCGCACUUCACGCUGUCCACCGACUACCACGUGGCACUGGUGGAGGACGCCGCCGACGGCAAGAACAUCAACACGUGCUCCAACUAAGGACUGCUCUGGCGACCAUCCUGGAACUCUUUCUGUCUCCAAAAAACUGAAACAAUUGUGGUUAGCAGCAACGGCAAGAAAAAAAAAAAAAAACGCUUACAGCUAAUUUGGGUCUUUUUUUUUUUUUUUUUUUCUUUUUUUUUUCCUGAGAUGAUUUCAAGCACAUCUCAAUUUUUUUCUACUGCAAAUCCUUAUUUGAUUGCUGGAAAGAGCGACUGAUCCGCGGGAUCAAGCGUUAUGUGUUUGUUUGUUUUUCAGCGGCCUGACCUAGAGCAGCUAGCGGAGAUCAAGUUCUUUGUAGAGGAUUUCGUAGGGCCGUUAGGGACUUUCUGUCAGUUUUCAAGCGCUUCCUUCGUUUGUGUUCUUUUCGUGCUCGUGUAGACAAAGCGAUAGUCUGCCAAAGUGGACUUGGUCUGGAGGUUUGGAAUUUUCAGUUCAUUUGUGUCUUUGACCUUCUUUUAGUGUACGUGGUGCUGUUUUAAUGCAGAAUAAUGCUCUCUGGUUCCUGUUCCUGCUCACUUGACGCUUGUUGGUACCAGAAAAUAAAAGUCAUGGGCCACAACUGUAAUUACCCCAAAUUUUGCCAUUUAUCGAUCACCGUGUCAAGAACAGCAAGUCGGGAAAAAGAAGGAACACAUCAUCGGGGAUCAACAGAAUCGUUUGGUGUUUAGGGGUCAUGAUCAUAAUCGCCUCACAGGCCAAAUUUAAAAAAUGGUAAAAAAUAUAGCACUCUAAAUAUUAGUUUACAAUGUAAACCAAACAUCAGGGAUCAACAGAGUGGCUCAGGUUGUUGUUCCUGCUCGUGGCAUCUUUUUGUUACCAGACACCGAUUGUAGGGCACAAUUGAAACUGCCCCAUCGGCCAAUGAAAGCAACUUGCCAUGAACCAAUCACAGCCACAAGGCCGUGCCCCUCGACAAGGAGUCGGCAGGAACGCGAUCAAGAAGUCUUCUGAAUGUGCAAUAUCAGGGAUCACAUGAAUAUCUCGUGUUCCUCUUCCUGAUCACAAUCACUUGUUACCAGACAGAGUUCACAGGACAUGGUAAUAACUACAGGGACGGCAUGUCGGUAACUGGACCCGCAAGUCAGACAGACUUGCAAAAGAUUCUUAAAUUGGGAUUGAUGAUAAAAUUGUGACAUCAAGGAUCAUCAGAAUAUCUCAAGUUCCUAUUCUUGUUCGUAGUCACGUGUUGUUGCCAAACAGAAUUUAUAGAAUGUAAUCAUGACUCCAGAAUAGGAAAAACAAAUCAGUAUACUUGGAACAGCAAAUCAGACAGACUUGGAAACAUUAUGGAAUUGCGACAUCUGGAAUUGCUACAAUAUAUCAAGUUGCUGUUCCUGCUCCCAGUCAUUUUCUGCUGCUGGGUAUGGCUCAAAGGGGACAAUCACAUUUGCCCCUUAGGCCAAUGAAAAAAAAAAAGUGUCACUUGUUGGUUAAAGAGCCACAGGGCUGACAGGAAUAGGAACCAGAAAUAGGACUGCAUCGUAGAUCGACAGCAUGAUUGAGAGUUUAGAAGGCGCCAUCAUAACUGUCCCAAAGGAUGAUAAGAAAUUGACCUUUAAUGGUCAGAGAUUUAAGGCCGUUUGAAUUACAAACUAUUAGCUGAUUGGAAAAGGAACAGCAAGUCAGGGACAGGAACACAAUCAGGAAUGAACUUAAAAUCUUUUGAACAUUUACCAAGGGGAAUGAAAUUGUAUUUAGUGAGCACAUGUGGGACUUUCUAUCCACAGAACAGCUCUAAUUCCUGUUCCUGCAUAGUCCCACGUUGUUCCCGCCUGGUUGGAGUUUGCGGGGCUCAAGCAUAACUGCGCCCACAAGCCAAUCAAAUGAAAAUCAUUUGUCAGUCACGGCCACAAAACUGUUUGAAUGACGGAUUACGUAGGGGAGGAUGGCACUGUGCCCCUGGAAUGGACAGUCAGCAGGAACAGGAAGAGACUGUUUGGUCCGGUCGGUCCUGUUAUGUAUGCCA